GUGUGUGUGCGUGUGUGUGUGUGCCACACCGGGUAUUCAAUACGCGAAUCUCGUGCGUUCGCGGCUGUCGUGCCGGAAUAAAUCGCGAUAAAUCGCCGGUUCGUGCGAGCGAGCCCGCGGUGCGGAGCACGUGUCACACUUCUACGGCAAUUUCGGAUCGAUGUCGAAUCGCAUUCGCACGUUCUCCAAUUAUUACCGGCUUAUAACUACUUCCGCGCGAUCCGUUGUGCCAUGUCGCGGCAACUGUUGCCGAUUGGAACGUUUACUUUCCUGUUGCACGUCAGACACCACUUAUGAUUCGAUAAAUCGAUCGGCGGGAGUCCCCGUCGAGACAUUCUCGAGUGGAACUUCGUCCAAUAUAUUCAAACUCUUCAAUAUCUGUCGAUAUCACUUGUAAGAUAUCAGAAUUCCGAGUGUAAUAUGAUAUAGAUAUAAGUCGUUAGGAUGAUCGUUUGAAUGCACAUAACAUCAGAUUAUCGUGACAAAUUGCAUUUUCUAUUACAUCAAGUUAUGAGGACUGUUAGAACUUCGAGACUCUAGACGGUCUACGUCGUUCGGUCGAACAUCGCCGGCGAACUGUGAGAGUGUCGUGAGAAAAUUGUGAACUUCCGGGAAUAUACUUCCGGAAAGAUUGAGAAUUUCUUUCGAUCGAAGUAGAAGAUUUCUGGAAUUCUGCGGAACGACAUGGCGACUGGCCAUGAGGGCAAGGAAUCCCCCAGGGCAGCACAGAAAUUGAAUCUGUCGUCGAGCCCGCAUCGUAGACGACGAUCCGGCGACGAAAACAUCGGGCCUGACGAGUUGCCCAUUUUUCCCAAUGGAUACGCCGCGCUCCUUCUCAAGUCACCACCUCCGGCACCGCCCGCCCUUCUCAGGAGGAUAGGCGUAAAGGAGCUCACCGGGGUCGGCAAGGUGAAAGUAAUGCUGAGGGUGUCACCCGGAGACGGAGGUAGCUUCUUCAAUGCGGAUAAGCGCAAGAAGCAAGUUACAUUAGUGGACCCAGCAUCCGGGCAAUCUUCGUCGGCAGAAGAUCGACGGCCUACCGUGGCGGCGCCGAAAAUGUUCGCGUUCGACGCCAUCUUCACCGAGGAAGAUUCUCAAACCGAGAUCUGUUCGAGCGCUCUUACAGAUGUAAUUCACGCGGUCAUCAAUGGAACGGAUGGCUGCCUAUUUUGUUUCGGACACGCUGGUCUGGGUAAGUCUCAUACCAUGCUGGGAACACCGGAGGCCGGCCAUACACUGGGCGCAAUUCCUUGCGCCAUAGCGUGGCUCUUCCGCGGAAUUUCGGAGCAACGGCAGAGGACCGGCGCCAGGUUCAGCGUCAGGGUCAGCUGCGUGGAAUUGACCACCGGCCAGCAACAACUGAGGGACCUGCUUGCGGCGCACGCGAACGACUCGGAACAAUCGCCAGCCGUGUACCUCCGGGACGAUCCGCUGUUUGGUACCCUUCAAUUGCAGCAGCACAGCGAGCUACGCGCGCCGACGGCGGAACGCGCGGCAUUCUACCUCGACGCGGCGGUCGCCGGUCGUCAGCGGGAGGACGGCGAUGCGCAUAUGCUCUACACGCUGCACGUGUACCAGUACAGCGUCGCCGGCAAGGGCGGAGUUGCCGGCGGUAGAAGCCGGUUACACUUGAUGGAUCUGGGAAAUUCGGAUCGCGGAAAAUCCUCGGGCGGAAUUCCCCUCUCCGGUCUGGGCAACAUUUUGCUCGCGAUCUUCAACGGGCAGAAGCACCUGCCGUACAAGGAGCACAAGCUGACGCAACUGCUGAAGGAGUGCCUCGGCUCUCUGACCUGCCACGCGGCCAUGAUAGCCCAUGUCUCACCCAACGCCCAGCACUACACCGAGACCCUGACCACCGUUCAACUGGCCUCGCGUAUCCAUCGGAUGCGACGCCGGAAGAUCAAGUUCGUCGGCAGCAACACGCAGGGCACCGGAAGCGGCGGCAGUUCCGGCGAGGAGGCGGCCCGGCAGAACAGCGAGUGCGACCCGAGCUCGAGCGACCUGUCGGCCGACACCGUGAUCUACGUCGGGCCGAGCGCCGACGACGCCACCGACGGCGAGCAUCCGCCCGUUUAUAUACCCAGCUUGAAUUCGGGUGACAAUCGUUGCGCGAUGGGCCGAGUGCUCCGCGGCUCCGCCGCCGAGAGGCCGAGCAAGAUUCCGGAGGAGCGCAGUCCAGCGCACAAGUCGAAGACGGUGAAAACGUUGACGCAGACCGCGUCGAAGCAGACCUCGCCCGCGCACAGCGUGACGCCAAAGGCGAGCCCGGCCAGGAAAAGCUCCUCGUCGAAAAACGCUUCGGCGUCCAAGCUCACCGAUUCGCCCGGCAGCAAGAUACCGGUAGCGGCGCCGAGUGGUGGAUCCGACGAGCAGUGGAUUGACGGACCGAGGAUCUCGAAGUCGAAGGUCGCCGAGGCGAGGCACAUGCUGAAGGAUUCUCAUCACAAGCGGGAGACAUGGAUCGACGGACCGAUGCAACUGACCGGCGCGCCGGCGCUGCAGCUGCACGCGCAUCAGCACUCCACCAGCUACGGCUUCAUGGACAGUCACAAGAAGAGCAUGAUCAGAAAGUGGGUGGAGAAUCAGUCGUCCCAAAUACAGCGGACGAAGCACUCCACGUCGCGGCUCGAUUCCUCGAAGAUGUCUUCCGGCCAGUCGUCCGGCCAGUUUAAGGAGCUGACCCAGUUCAAGACCUGCGGCGGCGCGGACGACGACGACACGUCGUUGUCCACCGUGGAGAGCGACAGUUUGAAGGCGAACGAGAUCGAGGACAUAACUGAGAAGCUGAGUGCCAAGCUGAAUCUACUUAACGUCAAGUCUAACACAGAUUCGGGAUUAGAUCUGACGGCCAGUCCCGUGAUGGACGACAGCAUCGAGAAAGGGAAACUCGAUCUGCCGGACGACGAGGAUGACGAUGAAGAAAUUGUCGUACCGCCUCCGCUGCCGCUGAUCGAACCACUCAGCAACGGAGUCAGCCGAGAGGUGUCCAUGGAGAGUCUGAAUCUGUCGCACAAGGACAUCGUUCUACCCUCCCGACACUCGUUGUCCUCCGAGGACGAAAUUCUGGAGAUCGUCGAGGUGGAGGACUUGGAACCGGUACCUAUGCAAGACUCGUGUCUACAAGUGACCGAGGAGGACAUCGCGCUCUGCAUGGGUGAGAAUCCCUUGCCCGAAAGCGACCAGGAGGAACAUCCCCUAAGGAUUCUUAGCCAAGAGAAUCUCACCGUGGUAUCAACUUUCACAGACUCCAUGUCGGUGAUGUCGGACACGGAGAGAUACAGACCGCAUUAUCCACCGCCGGUCGGCGCGGGUGUUCUGCCGAGACCGUACUUCGACCACGAGGACUUCCUCGAGCAGGAGACCAGGCACAAGUUCGAUCAGUUGGCCCGCCUGCACGAGCUCUAUCAGAGCAAACUCGCGCUCGCCAACGUUUCCAACUCCGUGACUUACCAAAGGGAAAACUCCUCCACCGUCAACGUGCGGGACGCUCCAUCAGCGACCGUCUUCCGUCCGCCGUCUCGCUGUCAGUCUUUAUCCCUUUCGGAUGUCUUGUUCAACGACAACGCGAGCAAUCACGGCAGCAUAUACAGCGAACCCGCGUACAUAGCCGGCAAGCCCGAUCAGGAGAAGAUCUGCGACAAUUGUCGUCAGAGCAUGUCCAGGCCCGCCACGGCCUCUUACUGGUACCCCAGCAGCGUCGCCCAUCUCGCCAGUCCCAGAAGGUACUGUGGCAAGCUGGGCGACUGCAAUAUCUCCAAUCUGAGGCAUCCGGACGGUGCGUCGAAUCCUAAUCUAAAGGAGGAGAUCGAGAGGAUACCCGGAAACGGAGCGUCCGGCUCGGACCCCGAGGAGGAGUACAUCGAGGCGAAGAAGCUGUUUACGGCUGUCGAGAGAUCCGAGAGGACGGUCACGGGAAAGUCCGAUAUCGAGGAAGAUCUGAAGAUUCAAGGCGGUACGCCCUUGCAUCUACCAAUGCCGUCACCGGCGCCGUCCUCCGGUCGAAUGCAACGCAAGAUCCUCAGCCUCGGCUCCUCAUUCGGGCUGAACAAGGACGGCUCCGAUUCCGGCGCGGACACAACGCCGCGGGCGGCCAAGCUGUCGCCGGCCACGCUGUCCAGACAUCGUGCCGAGAGCUCCGGUUACGACAGUAUUGUUAGAGACAGCGAGACGAGCAGCAUCGCCAGCGACUCGUCCCGACAAACUGGCGCGUUACAAGAACAUCAAGGUACGGUGGAACAGCGGGCGGCAGGGUGCGGGCCUCGGCGGUCGCGGGCCCACUGCCGGGCUCAACCGGGGCCGCCCGCGGCGUCGUCGGCGAUUCUCGCAUAUACAGGCGAGGACGUAGACAUCCUGGACAGACGCGCACGGGUGCGCUCGAACCCACGUGGAACGAUGUCCAGGAUACACAGCCUGCGCCUGCGCCAACGCCUUCUUAGGCUGGAGCUACGCAACGCUAAAAGGCGCCUCAUGGUACCCGACACCCGCUGGGACUACAAUCUGUACGUGGAGGACAGUAUGGACUGGCGGGAUCCGUCGUUUUUGGAGGCUCUAACGGCUGAGACAUGCAUUUUGCAGAAGAGGGUAGAGGCCUGUAAGAGCCACGUUCUCCUGGUGACUUGCUUCGAUUCCUGCCCUCAACAAUCGACAACGGCCGAGAUUAAGACCACCUAACGUAGACUCAGAUCAGCACGCAUGACCGCGUGUUGAUCAGCAAACCCGCCCACCCACCUACGAAUUUAAUCGUUGAAACGAGACGAGCGAGGUCGCCGAAUAGGAAAAUAAUAAAGUUAGCAGAUAAUGACGUCGCGAUGUCGCUCGACUCCGUCCAAUAGUUGUUAAAUGAUAUAUCGUGGUAUCGUCAUCGUCAUCGUACGUCGUCACUAUAUUGUUAAGUCUAAAAAAAAAAAAAACGGAAUUACUAGGAAGAUUUUACACACGAGAGAGAUAAAGGGGGCUAAAGUAAAGGGAAAAAGUUUUACCAAGGGUAUCGCACACGUACACGCACACGCACGUGUCUUAUCGAAGUUAUAAUAUUACGAAGUUAUAUAACGAAAAGUGUAUUCGUGUUAGAGAUUUCGCGGUUGCUUCAGUUUCAACGAUGUUUCUCAGGACGAAGAUGUUGCAGAUAAUUUUCGCGGUUGUUGCAAAUAGCGAAACGAGCCUCGCAGUUUCGAACGCGAUGCAAGUUGCGCCGCAUUUGUAUAUCGGCGUUAACGUGAGAAAGUUGGUGCUUUGUUCUUACGUCUAUUAUUUGGAGAUUACUUAGAACACUAUCGCUGCCAUUUUCUAUCUGACGCCAUUAGUAAAAUUAUAAGAGAGAGAGAGAAAUAUUUCCGACCUUGAAGACUGUUGGCCAAUCGGCCGAACCAACAUAUUUAUCGGGAACAGCGACGAAUGAAUAGAACAAAGCGGAAGGUGCGCAUGAACUUCUAUUGUCGCGGUAGAUUAGAACUAUUCAUCUCAAUCUAGAAACAAUACGACACGCGUCGAUAUUCAUAAUCAUAUCGAUCAUAUCGAGAAAUAACAAUCGACCGCGAAUUAAAAGACAGUCGAGUGGAAAUCGACGAAGCCGAUCACAACGGUUGUAAAUCAGAUAUGAUUAUCCGAGCAAUCUUACGCAGUAUCGACAAUUCAGAUCGGCCAUAAUCUGAACAGUAAUCGUGAUCGAUUAAAUUUUGUCCUUCUCUGUGUUAUCGUUAGAAUCAUAUGAUCCCGCGAGAGGGAGGAGAAAUCGUUAAAUGACGUUGGUUAAUGAAAGUUAAUGAAAUGAGUUGCCAAUUAAAAUCACUCGCACAAUGACAAAUAUUAAAGUAUAUAUUAUAGUGGUAGAUGCAAAUUUGUUCAUGAAAAAAUCGAGCUUCGGUUUUGAGGGAGAGCCAAACAGCGCACUGCCGAGAGAGUGCAAAAGAGACCUUUUAUACGAACUAACGAACAAUCGAUAAACGAAAACGCGCCGUACGUAAUGUAUCUAAUGCACGCACGUUAAUUCAUGGUAUUAUCGUAGCUUUAAUCGUUAUCAGCAGUUACCGCACUUCGUAGGGUUCCGUAACUCACUUAGAAAGAUGCAAAAGAGAAUAUAUGAGAGAGAGAGAGAGAGAGAGACAGAGAGAAUGAAUAG